UUAAGCUUAUGGCAACAACGCCACCCACCCAAGCCUCUUCUUUCUAAAUCCAAAUUUAUUUUCUUUUAAUUCCUUUAAGCUAAAAUUUUUGUUCUUUUCAUACCUUCUUUCACAUUUUUCCUUGUUCCCCCUUCUCCUGUCUAAUCUUUCUGUUCUAGCUCUGUACUUAAAUUUUAUAAAAUAUUACUGUUCAAUUACCUUAGAAACUAACCACCCUUGAAAAGUUUUCAUUUUUUUUGGUUUGUAUUUAGAACAAGACGACCCCAUCUAGAUACUGAACGAGUGAAUGCCAGUAACUCUGCUUCUCUUUUGUUCAACUGGUUAAGGUUUCUCUGUAAACGAGGUUAAAGUGAGUGAACUAUCUAAAGAAAAUGAGAAGUGUAUGAGAUUUCGAGGAAGCAAAGUAGCUUGUUAGUUUGUUAGUUAUAAACAUUCUGGUUCAAACUACUCUACCCACAGCUGGAGUUGACAACCAAAGUGAGAAAAUAAUUGCCUACUGAUCAUCUCUCGAUUAAGUUAUCUUGGAACAAAUGCUGUAACUUUCUAUCACUGUCUGGAUAAUUGAGAAUCAGGGAUUGAGGUGAUCAGAACUCCAAGUUGUCCUUUCAAGUCUGCCAUAUGAUACACCAUUAGAAUGUAAUUUGCAUUUCGUAUUUGAUUGGAAAUGGAUGUCAAAGAAGCAGAACGAGUAGUUAUUGCUAAACCAGUUCCUUCAAGGCCUAUUUGUUCCACUUUUGGGACUUUCUCAGAGCUCCUAGCAGGUGCCAUUAAUGCUGCACCACCUAGUGUAUGCCCUGAAACUACAGUUGUUCCCAUUCGACCAAAGACAGUGAGGUUUAAGCCAAUGGCGAAUCCUGUCCCAUCAAAUCAGGCUGAGCCGUCUAGAACAGCUAUAUGUAAUUCAUCUGCCAAAGCUUCAAAAUCAGAUAGUACGACAUCCACUGUGGUUUAUAAGCCACUGGCAAAGCUUGUAUCAAAGGCAACUUUUUCUCUCUUGGCUAAUAUGGGAAACUUUAAUUAUACUAGCAGACAACAAAUGCAGCAAUCAGUUGAGGGUCAUGUUCAACAUCCAAGUCAAGAUAAAGGCAUUUUUAGAUCCCAAGCUAACUCAAACCUUAACCUGAUUAUGCCGCCACAUAACGAAGCCGAUCAAACAAUUGAAUCCUCAAAGAUAGCAUCUCACAAAUUGGAGGAGGAUCCAAAAGCCUUAUCAGCUAUAGCUGGGGAUCGACCUUCAUAUGACGGCUAUAAUUGGAGGAAAUAUGGGCAAAAAGUGGUCAAAGGAAGUGAGUAUCCACGAAGUUAUUACAAGUGCACACACCCAAACUGUCCUGUGAAGAAGAAGGUUGAAAGGUCAUUUGAUGGGCAAAUUGCUGAAAUUGUGUACAAGGGUGAACACAAUCAUCCAAAGCCUCAGCCUCCUAAGCGGAGCUCAUCGGGGACACAAGGGCUAGGAUUAGUAUCUGAUGGCACUGGUCAGGAUGCUAACAAUCCAGUAUGGAAUAGUAAUCUGAAUGAAAGAAAUGAAGGUGCAGAAGGCAGAGUAGAAAAUCAGAAUGAAGUAGGUUUAUUGGCACAUUCGACUUAUCAAGGCAAAGCUCCUCUACCAUAUGAGCCUAUUGUGACACCAGCAAACAAUGCAGGUGCUGGAACCUCCGAUAAUUCUUGUGGCCUUAGUGUGGAAUGCGAUGAAGGCAAGAAGGGACUGGAGGGGGAGGAGGCUGAACCCAGAAAUAAGAAAAGAAAAAGUGAGAAUCAGUCAAAUGAAGCUGGCAUAUCAGAGGAGGGCCUACAAGAGCCCCGCAUUGUGGUGCAAAGUUCUAUAGAUUCUGAGAUUUUGAGUGAUGGCUUUCGCUGGAGAAAAUAUGGCCAGAAGGUUGUGAAGGGAAAUUCUUAUCCCAGGAGUUACUAUAGAUGUACAAAUCUUAAGUGCAAUGUGAGGAAGCACGUAGAACGAGCAUUGGAUGAUCCAAGAGCUUUUAUAACUACAUAUGAGGGAAAGCAUAAUCAUGACAUGCCUCUAAAGAACACAAAUCCAGUGGCCUCUGAAUCAGAUACACCGGCUCCUACCAGCAAAGAAAAGCCCUGACUGUAGCUGUGGAAGGAAACUUUGUCAAGAAGGCACUUGAUCUGACAAAGUAUGUUGGAAGGAGUUCAGUGGUAUUAUAAACAAAGGCCUGUAACAACUCUGAUGUCUGCUGCGGCUGAUCUGGUGUAUCAUCCAUGUUGUCCGCCUAUGAGUUGCUGAUUAUACUUCUGAUGAAUUAGCUAUAUGUGGGUAAUUCAAGAUAUUGGGCUGCUGACAUAGUUAUCCUUGAACUCUUUUUUGUAUCAUUUGCAGCUCCUCUAGCUUAAGAGUAGAGUUUUUUUAAUUUGUUUUCCACUUCAUAUAAUAAUUAAACCUCUCUUGCCUCA